AUGCGGUGAACAUCACUCUCUUUUGCCCGCCAUGGACCACAGAGGUCAGCGUCCGCCACGCUCAACACGCCCGCCCUCGACCCAGCCGAUGCAGGCUCCGACACAGUCUCCUCCGUCAUACCCAUCCUCCCCGUCGUACCCUGCCUACCCUUCGUAUCCUGACCAGCCUGCCUCGACUUACCGCCCGGGGUAUCCACAAGAUCAUCCGAGGGGCAUCUCGUUCCAGAAUCAGGAAGCCGGCGACAGAAACGAACGUCUCGACCAGAAUCGCCAACGACUCUAUUCGGCUUACCAGAGCACCUCGCCUCCUCCAGUGGAUGUAGAAGGAGGUUUUGGCGCAGAUGGCAGGGUGGGCAGGAAAAAGAGCCUGGUGAGGCCCGACAGAGAGAAGAUCGACCCGGGCCACAGGCAGUGGCAUUACCGCAACCACACCGCACAAAUGGUUAACGAUGGUGGCGACGCCAUCCCCUCCACGACCGGCAAUGCGCCCACGAGAGGGCAGCUGCGCCGCGGCAAGUCUCUCCUUGGCCGAGAAGAGGAUGUGCACGAGUCUGGUCUUGCGCUAUUCAAGCGGGGUACCCUGAGGCGAAAGAAGUCGACAGCGUCUACUCCAACGCUCGAGAUGGGGAAAUCGAGGGGUUGCCUCGACAAUAUUGGUCCGGGCCCCAAGGACGCGUGGUACAUCUACUGCUGGGUUCUAACAUGGUGGAUUCCCGGGCUUGUUCUCAGCACAUUCGGUAUCCGUACACCCGAGCAACAGCGUGCAUGGAGAGAGAAGAUUGGCCUGCUAUUCAUCAUAUUCUGCCUCAUGGCUAUCGUCGGUUUUAUCACCUUCGGCUUCACGGAGGUCGUUUGUGGCACCCAGCCUAAUCGUUUCCAAACCGGCACUAUCGACACGGCCUCCGUGAUCAUUCAUGGGUACGACUACGACUUUAGCAAGUUCGACCAUCCCGCUGUCGGACAGUUCAGCGGCAAGUCAAAUCCCCUGUUCGAGGGUGAUUGGAAUGCCGCGGGCGCGGACAUCUCGUUCAUGUUCCAGAACGUGAACCAGAACUGCCGCACGCUCAUUACGAAGGCGGCCAAUUCGACCAUCAGCGGGUCCAAUGGCGACUUGGACUGGUACUUUCCGUGCAACGUCUACAACCAGUUCGGGACGUCCGGCGUCAACCUCACGAACUACGGGUCGUCGACGACGUGCCACACAGCGUCCUCCGCGCGCACCCAGCUCGCCAGUAUACGACCUCAGGGCCAAGUAUACUACACAUGGGACAACAUACACAACUCGAGCCGCAACUUGGCUGUCUUCGAAUCAUCUGUCAUCGACCUCAAUCUCCUGCAGUGGUUGGACAAGUCACAGGUCGACUACCCGGCGCUGUUUGACGAGCUCAAGAAGCCGAACGGCACGUUCAACGGCAAGGACCUGAGCAUGUACUUCUCUCGCACCAACCAGCAAACCCUCGCGAAGUGCUUGCAGGAUGUCGCCACCGUCGGCUUCGUCGACACGAAGAGCAUCGGAUGUGUCGCCUCCCAGGUCGUUCUGUACGUCUCGCUGGUCUUCAUUAUCGGUGUCGUCGGCAUUCGUUUCGUCAUGGCCGUCCUCUUCGCGUGGUUCUUCUCGUGGAAGCUGGGUAACUUCAAGAAGGAGACGUACGAGGAGCGUAUGGCGCGUGCGGCCGAGAUCGAGAACUGGACGGAAGACAUAUACCGUCCCGCCCCCAGCCAGUACCGCCCGAACGUGCAGAAGAACGGUCUUCCCAAGUCCAACAAGCGCCACACCUUCCUCCCGAACACCUCCCGCUUCACACCAUCGGAGAGCGUGAUGAAAGGCGUCGGAGGGAGAACGCCCACGUCGUACGGCAUGCUGGAGCCUAUACCCUACAAACGCUCCGGCACCUCGAGCAUCUACGGGUCCAGCGGCAAGAGCAUUAAACCCUCCCCGCCCGAUACCCCUGCCUACCGCCAGUCUCGUAGCUCGACUUCGCUAGUCGCGGACUCGCAACGCAUGUUCGCCGACAACCCCUGCCCCUUCCCGCUCGACCCUAAUGUCAUCCCCCAACCCGCGCCCGACUACGAGCCGUACGGCUACCCCCUUGUGCACACGGUCUGCCUCGUCACUGCGUACUCCGAGUCUGUGGAGGGUCUCCGCACCACCCUCGAUUCCCUCGCUACUACGGAUUAUCCGAACAGCCACAAGCUAAUCCUGAUCAUCGCCGACGGCAUGGUCAAGGGUGCCGGCAAUACGCUUACGACCCCCGAGAUCUGUCUCACCAUGAUGAAGGAGUUCGUCAUCGACCCGAGCGACGUCGAGGCGCACUCCUAUGUCGCGAUUGCGGACGGUCAUAAGCGACACAACAUGGCGAAGGUCUACGCCGGUUUCUACCACUACGACAACGCGACGGUCGAGCGGUCCAAGCAGCAGCGCGUGCCCAUUGUCCUCGUGGCGAAGGUCGGCAACCCGCUCGAGGCCAACGACGCGAAGCCGGGCAACCGUGGCAAGCGCGACAGUCAGAUCGUGCUCAUGUCGUUCAUGCAAAAGGUCAUGUUUGACGAGCGCAUGACGACGUUCGAGUACGAGUUCUUCAACUCCAUCUGGCGCGUGACGGGCAUCAGUCCGGAUCGCUACGAACUCGUGCUGUGCGUGGACGCCGACACGAAGGUCUUCCCGGACUCGCUGAGCCGUAUGGUAUCGUGCAUGGUCAACGACUACGAGAUCAUGGGCCUCUGCGGCGAGACGAAGAUCGCGAACAAGGCAGAGACGUGGGUCACGAUGAUCCAAGUGUUCGAGUACUACAUCUCACACCACUUGAACAAGGCUUUCGAGUCCAUGUUCGGAGGUGUCACUUGUUUGCCUGGUUGUUUCAGCAUGUACCGCAUCAAAGCGCCCAAGGGCGACUCCGGCUACUGGGUCCCUGUCCUCGCCAACCCGGACGUCGUGGAGCAUUACUCAGAGAACGUCGUCGACACGCUGCACAAGAAGAACCUGUUGCUCCUUGGCGAGGAUCGAUACCUUACGACGCUGAUGCUGAAGACGUUCCCCAAGCGCAAGAACGUCUUCUGUCCCCAGGCUGUGUGCAAGACCGUCGUUCCGGAUACGUUCGGGGUGCUUCUCUCCCAGCGUCGUCGGUGGAUCAACUCGACGAUUCACAACUUGGCUGAGCUGCUUCUCGUUCGAGACCUGUGCGGUACAUUCUGCUUCUCCAUGCAGUUCGUCGUUGGCAUGGAGCUUGCCGGAACCUUGGUGCUCCCCGCCGCCAUCUCGUUCACCAUCUACCUCAUCGUCUCUUCCAUCAUCCCCGGCGGCCCUGACACCACCAUCCCGCUCAUCCUUCUCGCCAUCGUCCUCGGUCUUCCGGGUCUACUGAUCGUCAUCACAUCCCGGAAGGUCGCAUACGUCGGAUGGAUGCUGGUGUAUCUCCUCUCGCUCCCUAUUUGGAACGGUAUCCUGCCUUCGUAUUCAUUCUGGCACUUCGACGACUUCUCGUGGGGUCAGACACGACAGGUAGCAGGCGAGAAGAAAGACAACCACGGAGACAAGGAAGGAGAGUUCGACUCAUCUCAUAUCGUGAUGAAGCGCUGGGCCGAAUUCGAGCGCGAACGUCGCUGGAAGAGUGGCACGCAGUCCCGGGAUUCUGCCGCAUAUGAUCUGAGGGGCAACUCACCGAAGAGGGAUAACACCAAGCGAUACUCGUUGGUCUCUGAGUACCAAACUCCCCAGCCUCCACAGUUCGACCAGAGCACCUACGAGUCGUCGUAUAACGGCCCUCAGCGACAACGACUCGACAGCAAUCAGGUUGUCGUGCUGCCUGCGCCUCUGUCCGUUAACCGCAACGCUGCUCCCACACCGUCAGUAUCCACAGUUGCCCUCUCACGGUCCAGCGAGGAUGGUUACAACUCAGACAUCGGAUCUCAACAACGCCUUGUCAGUCCGCAGGAGUCUUACAACGACGAGUACGACAGCCGCUACCAGGCGCCGAACAACUUCGAGGCGCGGGUGUCCCGCAGCGGCGGCGUUCUGCGGCAGAACACCGGGGCGAACCAGUUUCCCGGCGAGACGCAGAAUCCGUACGCGUACUCCCCGCAGAUGGCAGGAUACGCCGACCAACAAGUACCGUUCACCUCCGACCCUGAAGAGCUCCCGCCGCCGUUGCCCGACGCCAACCAGCGUGUCCGCGGUAUCAGCUUGUCAGACAACGGCCCCGUUUCCAGCCCAGGUGGUGUCCGCCGGGUGUCAAGACAGCAAGGCAGACGACCGACGUCACAGGCGCCUCCGGCACAGAAUUCGAACAGGUAUUCGCGAUCCUACAACUUGCCGCCAGGCGCCGCACCUCCGCAAGGGUAUGCCCAGUAGGACCCGCCGCAACGCUUGAAGACCGAACUGUGUAUGACUCCCUCAUGACCCUCGAUGUACACGACGGACCUCAGUCAGGCAGACAGUAGCUACAUUCUUUUAAUCGGACCUGCGCCAUUUUUCCUAUCAUCCUUACCCCCUAUUUCUUGUAGUCCCACGAACACACUCUUCCCCGUCCUCUGGUUCGUAGGCGUUCGCUGCCAUGACCUCUCAUGACCUGAUUGAACCUUAUCGCCCCCGGUUUCGUCUCGUCUCGUCUAUCGCCUGUAGUCCGCACACCUAGGUUACAUGCGAAUGCACUCAAUUUCAUACAGAAC